AUGGGAGGAGGGUUUCGUGUAUUGCAUAUGGUGAAGCCGUUCUUGCGAUUUCUGCCAGAAGUGCAGAGCGGUAGUGGGAAUAAGAAGGUUCCAUUGAGGGAGAAAGUGAUCUACACUUUGACCACUCUCUUUGUGUUUCUCGUUUGUAGUCAGCUUCCUCUCUACGGCAUCCACUCCACGACCGGUGCGGAUCCGUUCUACUGGAUGCGUGCCAUUCUCGCAUCGAGCCGCGGCACCAUCAUGGAGCUCGGUAUCGGUCCCAUCAUCACAUCAGGGCUCGUGAUGCAGCUCUUGACAGGCUCAAAGAUUAUUCAGGUCGACAAGGAGGAUCGGGCUCUCUUGAACGCUGCUCAGAAGCUUCUCAGCGUUCUGAUAACCCUCGGUCAAGCCAUGACAUACGUUCUCUCUGGUAUGUACGGUCCUGUUGCUCAGCUCGGUGUCGGAAACGCACUUCUCAUCGUCUUCCAGCUUGUCUUCGCCGGAAUCAUCGUUAUAUGUCUCGACGAGCUUCUCCAAAAGGGAUACGGUCUUGGCUCUGCCAUCUCUCUUUUCAUAGCGACCAAUCUCUGCGAGAGCGUCAUCUGGAAAGCGUUUAGCCCCGUCACAAUAAACAACACAGGACGCUCUAGACCCGAGUUCGAAGGCGCUAUGAUCUCGCUCUUCCAUAACUUGAUAACCAAGUCAAGCAUCCGACAAGCUUUCUUCAGGCAAAGCCUUCCAAACGUUACAAACUUGCUCGCGACGGUCUUGGUCUUCCUCAUCGUCGUCUACUUCCAAGGCUUCCGCGUCGUCUUGCCCGUCAAGUCAAAGAACUCCCGACAAGGGGGUUCUAGUUACCCGAUCAAGCUCUUCUACACCUCCAACAUGCCCAUCAUUCUCCAAUCCGCUCUCGUCUCGAAUCUCUACUUCAUCUCUCAGCUUCUCUACAACAAAUUCAGUGGCAACUUGUUGGUGAACUUGCUUGGACAGUGGAGAGGAUCCCUGCCAGUCGGUGGUCUCGCUUACUUGAUCACAGCUCCAACAGGCUUGGCGGAUAUGGCAGCUCAUCCUUGCCACGCACUCUUCUACAUAGUCUUCAUGCUCUCUGCCUGUGCGUUUCUCUCAAAGACGUGGAUUCAAGUCUCUGGUUCCUCUGCUGGAGACGUGGCCAAGCUGCUCAAGGAGCAACGGAUGGAGAUGAGUGGAAACAGAGACUCCAAUAUGCACAAGGAGCUUGACCGCUAUAUACCAACAGCAGCCGCCUUUGGAGGAAUGUGUCUUGGUGCACUCACUGUUCUUGCUGACCUCACCGGAGCUAUUGGCUCAGGGACCGGAAUCUUGCUUUCCGUCACCACCAUUUAUCAGUUUCUCGAAACUUUUGACAAGGAAAAAGCCAUCGAUUCAUGA